AUGAAGCUCGAUAAUAUGCCGAUUGAACUGGUUCACGAAAUCAUGAAAUGGGUCAGACCAACGGAUAUUCUGAGCUCAGCUCUAAGCUGUGUCGAGUUAGCCUCCGUCGUUGUGAAUCUUCUUCCAAAGAUCCAUGACAUGAAGAUCAAGAUUUCUAACGGACAGUUAAGUGGAGGUCUCAAUAGAGAUACUGUAAACCUUCAAAUUCCCCAAAUUGAUGACGAAGAAACGAAGGAAAUUCUGAAUCUCCUGAUGCCUCAUCUAGGGGAAGAUAUUGAUUCACUUCGUCUGGAGAACGAUAUGGUCACAGGAGAAAUUUCUGACGAGCAGCUUGCUCGUGUUCUCCAUUCUACAAAAGAUGCUCCCCUCAAAACACUGAACCUGUCGGAAGUCGAUUUGGAACGCAUUCAUACCUGGACUCUUGCGCUUAUUGCUGGUUUUAACCAAUUAGAAAAAGUGGAGAUUGAACAGUGUCGAUUGGGUGGAGACACUGAAGCAAAGUUACUACGUUGCCUACAAUCAUCAUUCCAGACACUCUCUCAAAUUGAUUUGAAAGGAACUCCUCAGAUAACCGACAAUUUCUCCCGUAGGAUUUCGCGUUCAUGCCCCAAUUUGGCGUACUUCCGAAUCUCCGAUUGUCCACUUGUUACCACUCUCUCAGCGCUACCAUUUAUUGAAUCAACUGCGUUUCGUCGGAAUGAUCAGCUGGACGUACAUAUGGACAAUACAGGCUUUGACGCCGAUCAGCUCAGUACUUUUAUGCGAUCUCCACUAUUCGGAUCAUCGUCUGAAGAAUGGUGUUUGAAGCCUGUACAAAUCCCUCUUGGAUUUACUAAAUCCGCUGUUCUCGCCCUUCAUGCUAGCAGAAAAUGUGUAUUUAUUUUCGCCUAG